AUGUGCUAAAUGCUGUUUUCUCACAUACAUAAUAUUAUUAUAUGUCACAGUGUUUUGGUGUGUUUUAAUUCGUUUGUGCGACACUGUUAUUCACAUGGAUGAUAAUCGUUCGACAGUGGAAACAUUAAACUUCCGGUUUGAGUGUCGCUAACGAAGUCAUUUUGCAGCUUGACAGUGUGUUGGCCACACAUCACCAAGGUGUUCAACACAUCUCAGCCGUCCGGACUUUGAUCUCGUUUCGGUGUGUGGUGUAAAGAACCGAGGUGAGCGGCUGCAGCUGUCACUACGCGACGUUAUAGGCACCCCGCUUCUUUUACAGCUAACAGCUAGCUAACGGUUGCGUUAGCAAAGCAGCUCUAGGGAUGGCGGAGGUUCCCGGGACAUCAAGUGAGACGAUAACGGAGACCGUUGAAACCAGCACACCGCCGCCGCCCCAGCAGGAAGGACGAAGCCUGACAAUCAAACUGAGGAAGAGGAAAACUGAAAAGAAGGUAGAGUGGUCCAGUGACACCGUUGACAAUGAGCACCUAGGAAGAAGGUCUUCAAAGUGCUGCUGUAUUUAUGAGAAGCCCCGGCAAUUUGGAGAGUCGUCCUCUGAAAGCGAGGGAGACGAGGAUGAGGAAGGUUGUGGCAGUGCUCACUGCAUCUUGGGCCAUGGCAGGAGAGACCACGGACAGAGAGGGGCCGGGGGAACCACAGUGCCCCCGAACUCUGGAGGGUCGCAUACCCACUAAUGAGCAAUGCAUGCUGAUUGUGGGAUGUGAGUGGUUUCUCACCACAACAAUGGCAUAUUAGAAAACUGCACUCUUUUUGUUGAAGUUGAGAUACAGGCAGACCUGGUGCUGUGUCAGAAACUCCUCUGUACUGCUGCUCUGAGAAACACAAAGCAACACACAGCUGUUUGCUUUCCAGAUGUCCAGAUAUGAGCCAAAAGUCUUUCAGCAGAUAAAAGCAUGCUCAGUUUUUUUGCCAGCUAAUACAAGCACCAUAGAAUGAUAACUACAAGGUUCAAUUUCUAAAUCUUUUACUACACAUCACACACUGUGCAUUUGAUUUCAGCUGAGCAUUUCAAAAGCAUGACAAAGGAUGGGAAAAAAUGGUAUGUAUUGCAUAACGGUGAACGUAGUCUUGGCUUUUAUAUUUAUUGGAAAUGAAAAAGCUCCAAAAUAUUGUCUUUACAGAUGUAUGUUGGUGUAUUGAUAUAUUGGAGAAUUGUGCUGAUUAAAUAAUAGCCAAUUACAUUUGGAACAAUACAUUUUAUUCAAAUGUAUUUGUGUCAUCAACCUGCACUUAUGCCUGCGUUACUAGUUAAAGGUAAUGAAACAAUGUAACAACAGUAUAAUAAAAGAGUGCCGCAUGCUUUUGAAAAUGCUCAGCAGCAUGGUAAACACUGAAGUGUCAUAAAUGAGCUGAAACAAUAAAAACACUUGUCAAGUGUAUUAGAUGAACAUUUCUGCUCCCCUUCAUGAAGUGGUGAGUGUAGAACUGGACUAAUACCAGUUUACUAUCCCUCUGCUGCAAAUCACCUGCAUGUAACUUGUAGAAGUGGAUCAGUCUCAUGCAUGCAGGCUUCAGGUGUCUCGGCAGUCUGAUUUUCAUACUGCAGUGAAGUGGAAAUCAAUGGCUUUCUACAAAAAAAAAUGGGAUUGCUUUGGAAAAUGGUCAUCAACAGUGAUGUGAUUUGUCACGAAUGAGCUAAAACAACGUUAAUGUCUUCAACUGUCAGAAUUGACAAAAAACCUUUGCUCAGACAGCAGCUAAUUGGAUGUUCUGACACCGAGGCGUCUCUGAACGCAGCACAUAGUUGAAGAGGCCAGGAAAUGCAGUCUGACUAUGAGUUAGUUGUAUAUAAUGCAGGACAUUUUAUUUUUUUCCUGGUCUUAACUCUACAUUUGCUAAUACUUGACAUGCAGUCAACCACAGACUGGACACUGACAGAAAUCCCACUUUUACAUGUAGUUUCUGAUUUGUUGACAAGUUUAGGGUUAAUUCCAUCUUUUGUGGCAAUUACUGAUGGAAAAUAUUAGACAAGACUUAAUGACAUUAUUACUACACAUGUCUUCAUCACCCUCAGUCUAAUGUGUUGGACCCAGUCAGUCUGAGAGAGCUCAGCCCAAUGUGGCUAAAGAGUUUUUCAAUUCUGUCUUAAAGUUUAUCUGACAUUGUUAUCAUAGCAACAAGAAAUUGACAAACAAACAUAAAAUGGUAAACAGUCAUUCUCAGAUUUAGAUCAGAUUAGAUCCUUUCCUUACAGACUCCUAACAGAGAAACAUUGAUGUUUGUGAUUUGAGAACACAUCGGAAAUUAAAAGAAAUCAAGAUUGUGUGAUUCACCAUUUUCACUUUCACAGUGUAAUGUAUUAUGAAUUUACAUUACAUUACAUUUUUUUGGCUGACGCUUUUGUACAAUAAGUGCAUUCAACCAUGAUGAUAUUACCCCGAAAGUGCAAGAAUCAUGCAAGUACAUUUUUUUUUUUUUGGUAACAAAUCAAACAAUUUCAAAAUCCAAAAUCAAUAAUUUGAGCUGGCAAACAUCAUGUGAACAUGAUGUUUGGAAAACAUGGCCCUGAUCAUCUUUAAUGUGUAAAUAAACUGAUGAUGAUCUGAUUAUUGAAGAGGUUUGAUAAUAAUUAUACACAAAACAGUGAUACACUCAACAUGUAAAAAAAAAAAAAAAGGUUUGCACCAUGUCAGCUAAUGAGCUAAAGAGAAACUUCCAUUGUCAUUAGAAUGAAUGAAUGAUUAUUUAGGUUUUUGUUAAGGGCAAUACCCAUUUUUCUGCUCAUAAUUAAAACCAACUUUAAAAGUUCUCUAGAGGAAACAUCUUUGACACUGACAGGAAAUGAUGGAUGUAUGAAAUAAAGCAUAUUGGUUAAAUAAA